AUGUCGUUGAAAGAGGAAUUCGCGACGCGCAACUUCAGUAUCUACGGGCAAUGGCUCGGUAUUCUAGCGAUGCUACUCUGCUUCGCCCUCGGCAUCGCCAACAUCUUCACCUUCAACGUCUUCAUCAUCAUCUUCUCCGUGCUGUGCCUUGUCUCUUCCUUCAUCAUCCUCUUUGUCGAAGUGCCCCUUCUCCUGCGCAUCUGCCCGACCUCGUCGACCUUCGAUAAUGCCAUCCGCAAGAUCUCGACCAACUACAUGCGUGCCGGUGCCUACGGCGUCAUGGCCCUCGUCCAGUGGCUCUCCAUCAUCGCGCGUCCCACCUCCCUCAUCGCGGCCGCCAUCUUGCUGAGCGCUACCGGCGUCUGUUACCUGCUUGCGGGCAUCAAGGGCCAGGCGUUCGUUGGGAGCAAGACCCUCGGUGGUGCUGGAGUUGCGCAGAUGAUUGUGUAA